UGUGAGCAGUAAGGAUGCCUGAUCCCGCCAAGACCGCGCCCAAGAAGGGCUCCAAGAAAGCCGUGACCAAGACCGCCGGCAAAGGAGGCAAGAAGAGGAGAAAGAGCAGGAAGGAGAGCUACGCCAUCUACGUGUACAAGGUGCUCAAGCAGGUCCAUCCCGACACCGGCAUCUCGUCCAAGGCCAUGGGCAUCAUGAACUCGUUCGUCAACGACAUCUUUGAGCGCAUCGCCGGUGAGGCGUCUCGUCUGGCUCACUACAACAAGCGCUCCACCAUCACCUCCAGGGAGAUUCAGACCGCCGUGCGUCUCCUGCUGCCCGGUGAGCUGGCCAAGCACGCCGUGUCCGAGGGAACCAAGGCCGUCACCAAGUACACCAGCUCCAAGUAAACACGCGUCCUAAUACAAGCGCGUCAACCCAACGGCUCUUUUAAGAGCCACACACUUUAUCUGAGAGAGCAACGUCGUCUUUGUACACUGUUCUCGUACAAGCGCGCGUCAAAAUAUAAUGUGACUGAGGCAAUUGAAUUAACUUUCCGAGAUGGAGUCUACCUUUGUGAUGACGUCUUUAGCUAUGAUAUAUGUUUACUUCUUAAUAAAGGCUAUGAAUAUUGAUAAGUUUAGUCUUAUUAUUGAGAAGAGCUAGAGGGAGAUCUUUAAGUAUCAGUAUUUUAUUGUUGACACUAAUAUUGGUAACACUUUAUUUUGAAGGUGUCUACAUAAGCGUCACACAAGCCUGUCAUAAACAUGACAUGUGAUGUGUCAUGAACACUUUGAAGUAACAUUAAUGCUCAUGAUACUUGUCAUGUUUAUGACAGGCUUGUGUGACGCUUAUGUAGACACCUUCAAAAUAAAGUGUUACAUAUUUUGCUUAAGUCACAAAAACAUGUUCAAAAAGUCAUUUAUUGUUACAUAAUUUACACACAGUGUUAUUACUAUGCCAAUAGCCAUCCUUUGUUACAUCCUUUUUGAGUGAUCAAUAAAUGUGUUAGACUUUU